AACGCCAUCUUUAAACCCCACAAAAGGCCAGCUACAGUUGUACACCGGGAUGAAAAACAGUAUCUCUACAGCGGGAUAUAAGUUCAGAUCGUGGAGAUGGUAUGAUUGUUCCCCGGUUAAGUAAUCAAUAAGGAACUGUCCGAUGGGACUGUGACGGACGGUCACGGGACACCGCGAGAGCCUUAAACUGUUGUUAUCACAGGCAGACAACAACAAUAGACGGAAAGACAACAACAACGGACUAGCUCGCUAGCUAGCAUCUUGCCAAGCGCUGCGCUGAUUUCAAAUGCUAACUGAAAGCUAGCUAACGUUAGCUACUUCAUCAGCAAAUCUGUCAGGUUGCGCUGACAUUUGACCGGACGCUGUUUAUAGUUGGUACUGGGUAUCCAGCUACAUAUACCAGGGCAGUUAGUCAUCGCUUUGCCACUUUAAAACAAUUUUGGACUGAAUUUUGGGUUGUGGCUUUAGCUAACGUUAGCUAAAAGCUAAGUCCCGACUUCUCCCCCUCCCCAGCGGCCCAGCCGGAGAUGCGUGGAAGAUGUCGGUGUCGGGGCUGAAGGCCGAACUGAAGUUUUUGGAGUCCAUUUUUGAUCCAAACCACGAACGCUUCAGGAUCAUUGACUGGAAGCCUGACGAGCUGAGCUGCCAGUUUAAUGUAACUGGGGAAAAGCUGUUAAUUAUCCACUGUAACAUAACGGAAUCGUAUCCAUCUACGCCGCCAAUAUGGUUUGUGGACUCUGAUGACCCGAGCUUGACGCAAGUUUUGGAGAGGUUGGAAGAUGUGAGAAAAGGCAGCACUCUGCUUUUGCAGCAGUUGAAGAAACUCAUUUGUGACCUUUGUCGGCUGUACAAUCUUCCCCAACAUCCAGAUGUGGAGAUGCUGGACCAGCCCCUACCUGCAGGCCCUGUGGGACAAGACCGAAAGCAUGGGACAGAGGAGGUCACAUCUGAAGAAGAGGAGGAGGAGGAGAUGGGAGAGGACAUAGAGGAUCUGGACCACUAUGAAAUGAAAGAGGAGGAGCCUGUGGAUGGGAAGAAGUCUGAGGAUGAUGGCAUCGAGAAGGAGAAUCUGGCAAUCCUGGAGAAGAUCCGAAAGAACCAGAGGCAGGACCACUUGAAUGGAGCUGUGUCUGGUUCAGUGCAAGCCUCUGACCGCCUGAUGAAGGAGCUUAGAGAGAUCUACAGGUCUCAGAGUUACAAGACAGGCAUCUAUUCAGUCGAGCUUGUUAACGACAGCCUGUAUGAAUGGCAUGUCAAACUAAGGACGGUGGAUCCAGAUAGCCCCUUACACAGUGAUUUACAAGUCCUGAAGGAAAAGGAAGGAAUGGAUUACAUUUUACUAAAUUUCUCAUAUAAAGAUAAUUUCCCCUUUGAUCCACCAUUUGUCCGGGUGGUUUCGCCUGUGCUUUCUGGAGGUUAUGUUCUCGGAGGAGGUGCCCUGUGCAUGGAACUUCUCACCAAACAGGGUUGGAGCAGUGCCUAUUCCAUCGAAUCUGUCAUCAUGCAGAUCAAUGCCACUUUAGUCAAAGGAAAAGCCAGAGUGCAGUUUGGAGCCAAUAAAAACCAGUACAAUCUUGCCAGAGCACAGCAGUCCUACAAAUCCCUGGUUCAGAUCCAUGAAAAGAACGGCUGGUACACACCCCCUAAGGAGGACGGCUAAAACAGACUCUAGCCUUUCCUGCACUGGGACCACAUGUCUUCGUCUUUUUUCCCCUCGCGACCAAUAUUUUUUUUAUCCUGCAAACCAUUUUGUUCUCUUUGAACUCCAAACCAAAUUCCUCAUUCAGUGACCCUGAUACUAGCACAUAAACACACACACACACACACACACACACACACACACACACACACACACACACACACACACACACACCUGAAAUUUACAUCCAAGCUCAUCAGCUUCUCGCAAGGGCGUCCUCUCUUCAGAUAUUUAUCUCUCUGUACAUCUGUUGUCUUAUACAAUCUAAUUUUUCCAUUCCGACAUUCAUCCCGUACUCCAGGAAAACGGUGGACUAAAUAUUGCGCAAAGUCACGCUUUGGUUUUGGCGUUAAGCAUGCCAAGGUUACUUGCUGGCUGUGAGUUGAAAGGUGCGGCAUGGCUUUAUCCAGCAGUCUGAUGCUCCAGUUGCCGGACACUGCCCCUCUGGCCACAGACUGGAUCUAAGAAUGGCAUGCGACAUUCCCUGAUAUGAUGCAGUGGUGGCUGGGAAGGACAUUUAAAUGCUGGUGGUGGGAAGAAAGUACCACUGCCUUUUUUCUCCAUGGACGGCCUCUGUAAUAUUGUGCUCAUGUAUUAUCUUUGUAAUGCCAAGAUCCCUCCCUGGGAAUAACAUGCUUCUGAGGCUAGCUUGCUUUCAAACCUCUUAUGUUUUAAAGCUUGAAGCCCUGAGGUGGGGAGGCAGAUAAAGAGACUUUUGCAGCCUGGGUGGGACAGCCUAUAAUGAAGAACAGCAUCCUGCUGAGCUCCAAAAUUGGAGACCACUGUCAUCAUCACAACCAGCAAAUGGACAACUCCCUGCAGCAGAGGUUUGGUGUGUGGCUAGGCUGGCAACACAAGAAACAUGACCAGGCAAAGUAGGGGUGUGUUUGGAUUUGAUCACACUGUAAUGUAGUUGAUUUUAACUCCAUGUGUAAACAUGUAAAUUUGUAUUUCUGCAAAAGGAUUUAAUUGUUUAUAAUGUAACCUUGUCUGGGUCUUUGGCUGGGCAGAGACUGUAUUACUAUAUACCCUUGACUAUUAACAGCAGGGGCACUGCAACUUCUCAAGACCCAUUUAGAACAAGAAAAAGUUGCUUCAUGGAUACUCUUGCAGAAGGAAACAAAAGUACGCCAUGUUCUUAUGUAAGCUUAAUGACUACUGCGGUUUUGUUCUUUUAUAUUGAUUUGUAAUCCUCAUGUUAUUGGCAACAUUGACAGCACCAUUCCCCUUAUUUGAUGGCACCUCUUAAGUACAAUGGCCGUAACAAUAAUGGCAUAGACACAGCUGUUUCUGGCAUUCCAGAGGUUUGGCUUUUCAUAUCUAAUCACUCAAACCGGAUGAACCUCAGUAAGGCUAUGCAGUGAAGACACAGUCUUGUGGAGUUUUGUCGUACUGAAGAAAAUUAGUCUUAACAGCUUAACAGUGUAGUCACCUGCUUAGUUCUUGUAGCUGGUUCACAUCCUGAGCACUUUGCCAAUCCUGCAGUCGUAACAGUCUGGAGAGAAAAAAAAAAGUGACCUUUACCUUCUGACUUUUCCUUGACCUCAUGGCUGGUUUUAAAAUGCAGCCAGAGUUUCAAUUUCACAGCAAUAGUCUUGACCGUAUACCCUCUGGCUUCACACCUGGGAAGAACGACUGGAGUCCGUUCCAUUUCCAGAAUAUUUGUGUCAGUUUGAUAAAUAUUUGUUCAGAUUUGCCACAGGAAGGACCCAGCUCUUCCCAUUACCACCUCUCUGGUUACUAUUCAUAACCACUCUCAGCGCUGCUGUACCCCUCAGCGUGCUGGGUCUUUGAUGUAAUGUGAAUAAUAUGCAGAAAACUGUGUGGAGCAUUCCAAUGAAUGCAGUUACACGUUUGUUGUGGGUGUUCUAUUGUGUGGUUACUUGCAUUGUUUUAAGUAUAUUGUCCUGAAAACCAGCAUAGAAAGCUUAGUUAUGCUAAUUCAUACAGUCAUUCCUCAUUUUUUAGUUGAUUUAGAAUUUUCUCAGUGAUUUUUAACCUCAGAACACCAAUAUCUUUGAAACAGGUAGAAAUGGGUAUAAAACAUACAGCUUGGUCAUGUUCAGCACACGUCUGACAUUGGUUUAGACUUGCAGGAUAUGUAUAACAAGUGUCACCCUCUGUUCUUGUUUCACCACAAGCAAAAUCUCAACAUGACCAUGGAUCAUUGGCAUGGUUGUUAGCUGUUGUGAUGCCAUUUGUAACUUAUUAAUCACUUCAUUCUGGUCACAUUGUCGAGCCCACCCCUGCAUUCUCUGGAGAAGCAAACUCAGGAAUACAUACUGCACACUUGACUUUGCAAAGGAUUGCUUCAGAAUAUCGUCAUGAAAUGCAAGAUUGAAUGUGUCAAUCUUUUUUGGGCCAUUUUAAAAUGACGCCCCUGUUUUACCAGUAGGCAUCGCAGUGUGUGUUUUGCUGUCAAAUUGCACACACUUAGAUUUUCUGAAUGCCUUUGAGGUUGAUAAAUUACUAAGCAAAUUUUUGGAAUGAUCAGAUGUGUGGAGCAGGGAUUUGCUCCCACCCUCAGAUUGUCCAGCGCUUGGUGAGGGGUUCAGAACACGUCUACCCUGUCUCUUUGAUAUUGCUGUAUUUUGCAUGUCAAUAUAUCAAUGGGUGUUUUUCCCAAAGCUACUGAAGGCAAAGAGUGGUUGGGUAGGGUUGUAAAAAGACUAGAUGUAUCCAUUUUUUCAAUUGUUUACUUCCUACAUCAAUGCACAGGAUAAUUUCUCCCUGUGUGUCGCUAAAGGAACCAGGUCAGAUACUAUAUGAGACACAUGGACUUAUACAUCCUACCUGCUUGGAUACCCUUUUAAAGAUGCCAGGAUUCCCAACUGAAGUAGCAGUUCAGAUUUGUGUGCCAUCAGAACAAUUGUAAGCCCACAUCUUUAAGAUGACCUUUGGAGUAAUGGUGUGCUGAAGUCUGUUGUGCACUGAAUAACAGCUUCUCUUACACCAGCUCAUGUUGUCUGACUAACAAAAACCUUCUCUCCUUUGGCGAGCGACAUAUUGGUCUGAGGUCUGACUUAGCCAGAUUCUGGGUUCUUUACCUUGCUUCAUUAACUGCAGUGGCCGGGUUAUAAAGUUAUGCACUGUUAGCAUGCUUUGGUUUGGUUUCAUUUUUUUUUUUUCCAUUGCAAGGGUGAUUUUGACCAUGUAAAAUAAUUUGUAAACUUGCAUCAAGUUUAUGAAUAAAGAAUUUUAUGAAAUAA